AUGAAAAAUAACGAGAGUCUUUCAAGCUAUGCUGUAGAAAAAAGGAUUGGAGAAGGAGCCUUUGCUGUAGUUUUUGUAGCAACGGUUUAGGAGUCUGGUGAAAGAGUUGCAAUUAAAAAGGCACCCCUUGACAAGAAAUAUAAAAAUAGAGAACUUGCAAACUUGAAGUUGCUUGGAGAUCACCCAAAUAUUAUACCUCUCAAAGACGCCUUUUAUGUAGUUGGUUAAAAUGAGGAAGUUUUUAUAAAUUUCGUUAUGGAGUUCAUUCCUGAGAAUUUAUCAGAUUAUAUCAAGAAUUUGAAGAAACAAAAGAAACAAUUAGCAUAAAUUGAAUUAUAAUGCAUAACUUAUUAGUUACUUCGAGGAUUAGCAUUUAUUCAUGGAAAAGGAAUGGCUCAUCGGGAUAUUAAACCAUAGAAUAUUCUCAUAGAUAGAAUGACAGUUAAAUAUUGCGAUUUCGGUUCAUCCAAGAUCAUUUCAGGAGGAUAAAUUAACACUUCUUAUUUAUGUUCCAGAAAUUAUCGCGCUCCUGAACUCAUAUUUGGAGCCACUGAUUAUUCAACAAACAUUGAUAUAUGGUCUUUGGGUUGUGUUUUCGCUGAGCUUAUUCUCCUGGAGCCACUGUUUCCAGGAGAAAGUUCAGUAGAUCAAUUAGUUGAGAUAAUGAAGGUUUUGGGGACACCUACAGCAGCUGAUAUUGCUGAAUUCAAUGUCUCUAAUACAGAUUUUAAAUUCCCUUAAGUUAAAGGACAUCCGUGGUCAAAAGUUUUUCUUAAAUAUAAGCCGGACCCAUAAUUUGUUGAUUUGAUUAAAAAGAUGAUUACAUAUUAACCGUAGUAAAGAAUUAAACCAUUUAUGGCUUUAAUGCAUCCAUUUUUUAAUGAUUUGAGGGAAAUAAAAAAUGAGGAAGUGCCAAAUCUACUGUGGUAGUUUACACCAGAAGAAGAGAAUAUCUUUGGAAGAUAACCAUUAAAAAAUUUGAUGCCAUCAUGGAUGCAGGGAUAAAAGUGA